AUGAAGGUCUCUCAAAUCGCUUCUGGAUUAUCUCCCCUCCCCGUACAAUUUCCCGAUUGCUGUCUCUCCCUAUCCACGACUCUGCUCGGGACAUUGACACAAUUGCUCCCCGAACGGCCCAAAUUCACCCUCUCCGUCGGCAGCGGAUCCGGCCUCCUCGAGGCUCUCCUGUCACACCACGAUGCGUCAAGAUCAGUCGAAGGAGUCGAGGUGUCUUCGAAUGUGAAUCGGUACAUUGACGAGGAAGAUAUGCAUGUCGCCGGUGGCGCGUGGGACUUGAAUGCGCGGGCUCAACAAGCCAGCGCCUUGAUGUUCGUUUACCCGCGGGAGCCACGGCUAGUCUCGAGGUACAUCGAAACAUAUGGGAGUGAGAUUGGAAAUCUGGAACAGAUUGUCUGGUUGGGGCCGAAAGCGGAUUGGGCUGAUUACGAGACGUGUUUUCGGAACUCGCAUUACUCUGAGGUGCUGUUUCUAGGGGAUGAAGAUGGUUUAGCGCCCUAUGAGACUGGCGUUAUUGCGAGGCGGCACAUUUGA